AGGCUGGCGGCAGUGGCGGCUGUCCGGGCUGGGUUGUCAGUCAGAGAGAGGAGGGAAGAUGGCUCGCCCGGACUCGUGCUGCUAGAAGGAGAGGGGCAGGUGGCUCAGCUGCCGGCGGAGCGCCGUCGCCCGGUCCCCGUAGUCGCUGUGGUCGCCGUGGUCGUGAGGGGAGGCCGCGGUGGGUUCCGGAGCUGCUCUGGUUGAAGGUUUGGAACAAAUGUGGAAAAAUGUUCACCUCAGAGAUAGGGGUUGUAGAAGAAUGGCUGUCAGAAUUUAAGACACUCCCAGAAACAUCUUUGCCAAAUUAUGCCACAAAUUUGAAAGACAAGAGUUCUUUAGUUUCAUCUCUCUAUAAAGUUAUCCAGGAGCCACAGAGUGAGUUACUAGAGCCUGUGUGUCACCAGCUCUUUGAGUUCUACCGCAGUGGGGAGGAACAGCUGCUGCGGUUCACUCUGCAGUUUCUCCCCGAGCUGAUCUGGUGCUACCUCGCUGUGUCAGCCAGCAGAAAUGUGCACAGCAGCGGCUGCAUUGAGGCCCUUCUUCUGGGGGUUUACAACCUGGAAAUAGUUGACAAACAUGGACAUAGUAAAGUACUGAGUUUUACAAUUCCGUCUUUAUCCAAACCAUCUGUAUACCAUGAACCUUCCAGCAUUGGGUCUAUGGCACUGACCGAGAGUGCACUCUCCCAGCAUGGCUUAUCAAAAGUUGUGUACAGUGGACCCCAUCCUCAACGGGAGAUGCUGACAGCACAGAACAGGUUUGAAGUGUUGACAUUCCUUCUGUUGUGUUACAACGCUGCCUUAACCUACAUGCCCAGUGUUUCUCUCCAGUCACUGUGUCAGAUCUGUUCAAGAAUCUGUGUGUGUGGAUAUCCCCGACAACACGUAAGGAAGUACAGAGGUGCAAGCAGCAGGAUACCGAUCUCGUCUGGCUUCAUGGUACAGAUGCUAACAGGCGUGUAUUUUGCCAUAUACAAUGGAGAAUGGGAUCUAGCUCAGAAAGCACUGGAUGAUAUUAUAUACAGAGCCCAGCUAGAGCUGUACCCAGAGCCACUGCUGGUUGCUAAUGCAAUAAAGGCUUCACUGCCGCCGGGUGCCAUGAAAUCUAGUAAGGAAGGCACACGGUGUAUUCAGGUGGAGAUCACACCCACGUCCUCCAGGAUCUCAAGGAAUGCCGUUACCAGCAUGUCAAUAAGGGGUCACAGAUGGAAGAGACAUGGAGAUACAGAGUUAACAGGUCAAGAAGAACUGACGGAGAUAACUGAAGUUGACGAGGGAUUUUAUUCCAGGGCUGCGUCUAGCACCAGCCAGUCGGGUCUAUCAAACAGUAGUCACAAUUGUAGUAACAAGACAAGUGUAGGAAGGAACCAGAGACGGUCGGGAGGAAGCAAAGCUGGAGCGAAGGAGAGAGAAACUGCAGGGGAAUCUUGCAGAGAUCACUUUGCUCGCAAACAAACCCAGAGAGCCCAGAGCGAGAACCUUGAGCUUCUCUCUCUGAAGAGACUGACCUUGACCUCCAGCCAGUCCCUGCCCAAGCCCAGCAGCCACGGCUUGGCUCAGACUGCGGCCACUGUAUUUAGUAAAUCCUUUGAACAAGUGAGUGGGGUCCCAGGCCCACGUAGCCCUUCUCCUGCCAUUGGCUGUGUUGCUGGGGCCGAUGCCCAUAGAUUUUCUGCUUGUAGUCUCCAAGAAGAGAAGCUUAUUUACGGGUCAGAAAGGACUGAACUCCCAAUGAAGUGUCAAGCAGGCCAGCAGGGCCCUCCUAGUAUUAGCAUCACUUUGUCUGCAGAUUAACAUGUAACUUAUUCUCUCCUUUAACCAGUGAAGCUGGAACAAUGGCUUUGCUCCCUCAUGAAAGUACUGAGCCCUUCAUGCCCAGUCCUGGCAGGAGCCUGGUGUCUUGAGUUCUGAAGGCUCUCUUUUGACUGUGAAGGGAAUAAUGUCUAGUGUGCAGGAAGCUGAGAUAUGGUCUUGUUAUUUCCUGGGUACUCUUCUCCCCUUGGUUUAAGUUCUUUAUUCUUUUAAUCUCCUUUGCUGUUACUUGUUAUUGUUGGUUCAUCCUCAGUGAGGUUAUUUUUUUUUUUUUGAGGUUUUUUUGAGGUUAUUUUUAAUACCUCAGUUUUUAGUGGUUGUGUAUUUGCCCUGGGAAGUCAAAGAGUGUCUCUGUGUGAGGGGACUGAGCUGUAGAACCCAGGUAGAGGAGUGAGACCAUGAAGCCAUGCUGCUAAGCAGGCACGUGAGAAAACAAAGCCACAAGAGCAGCCGGAAUGCUAAGUGCUGUGACCGCAUCAUGCUUAAGAUGGGGACGGUGUCCUCCACACCACAAGUUGCCUGACAGGACCGUUGCAAGGAGAAGCUGGGAGAAUUUCUGUCGCAGUCCUUAGAACAUUAAACAGCAGAAGUGAGACUGCUGACAGAUGAUGUUCAAAGCGUUUGAUCUGGAUCACAGGGUGAGAGUGGAACAGCUGCCGGACUGUGCUGCUCAACUUUGGAAAUCCUAGUCAGUUUGCAUUGCAGUGGUCAAGGCACACAUCACAGAAGACUUCUGGAAACCCUGUAACUCUUGUGGUCCAGCUCCCGAGAUACCAGUGUGAAGCGUUGAAUAGUGAGUUGUCUGUGAGUGAAGGAAGCCAGGUCAUCCUUCAUCUACAAAAUGGGAUGGGAGAAAAUGCAGUAGACGUGAGCAGAGGGCAUUUAUGCAUUAGCUUAGGGUUGCUUGUGUGUGUUCUUAAUUUUACCUAAGAAAAAGAGUACUUCUUGUUUGUGACCUUUAAGUGUUCUUGUUAUGAUGUAGAAAGAAUUCAGCUACCACCCACUCCUGCAACCAAGCACUGAGAAGUGUGGUAAGGCAGAAGCUAAACUCUGCGUCCUCUAGAUGGACACACAGGCUUGGUGCCUGGGGUCUGCUCAGUUGGCUGACACUCCUUUGACGUGCGUGUGCUGUGGUGCUAACUGGGACUGAGAGGAGCAGAGUCAGUGGGGAGGCCUGGGACACUGUCUACUUCUUGGCUUUAUUGACUUAGCACACCAAGGUCUCCUCACUGUGGUCCCUCACAGAACAUGCUAGUGCCCCCUCUCAACCUCAUGGGUCCUGCUUGUGUGGAUGAGAAAGCUGCAUGUGUGGCAGAGUCAAAGCAUUUACACUUGAGAUACAGUUUUAAAUGCUUACCUCCCAGCUUAAACCUGACUACCCAAGGCCCGUGCUUUUUAGCAUAAAUGACUU